AUGGACCGCGCAGACACUACUGAGGAGAAUCAAACCACUGACUUGAAUCUACUAGAAGCUUCAGACAAUCUGCCCUUAAAGUCCACUCUCGCUGCAGCAAAGUCUGCACGUACGGACAGCGCAUUCGAUGUCAGGCUCAUUGGACAAAGGGAGCAGCCGAUGCUUCUAGCACGGCCUUCUCCACCCGUCGCAACCAGCAUCAUCACGCCGAUCUUGCUCCGGGAUGUCGCCAACGAAACCAACCUCCCCAAGGGUUUGGGCUCGGUGGCAAUGUCAGCUUUCCGAGGUGAUGGCGAAGCUAAGACAGGAGAACGAGCAACUUCGCUCCACAUCAAGAGGGGCAAAAAUAGUAACAGUAGUGACACGGAGAAAGGCAAAUUUGUGCCGACAAUUGGAGCGCAGAUCGAUGAGCUGAUUGCGGAGGAAGAGCCGAAGGUGAUAGAGCGCGAGAGUAACAAGGGGUGA